AUGACAAAAGCAAAGAGUGAUGGGUCAUUGACAAAAGAGAAAGGUGUUCAACAUUCAGAGGCUACUGUUCAUGGUCAACGCUUCGAAUGCUUCGCAUUCAUAUUCUUAUUCAGAGGUCAUUGUUCUGAGUCAAAUCUUCGCAUGGCUUUACAUUCAACAUCUUCAACUAAGUCAAUUGACACAACCGUUGUUAGUGGUGUAUUAUAUGACGCAGAAACGAAUAAAUCUAAGAAAUCGAAGAAGACAGAUGUUGGGCCUUCGGAAAGAAAAGUAAAGGUUGAGAAGAAGAAUAAAUCUCCUAAAGUCAAACCAGCUUCAGUCGAAGAAAGUUCUCAACAAAUUAUUUCUCCCAUUUCGACGACUAUUGCUGCUACAUCAACAAUCGAAUCUUCUCAGGAGAAAGAGAUAAUUCCAUCAAAGACGGGGGUUUUUCGCCGACUCAAAUUCAAGGUAAAAUCUUUGUCUCAGCUUGUUUAG